CAUCACUAUUCUUACUAUCUCUCAGCACCAUUGCCGGUGGCAGACUCGAAGAAGCUUCUUCUUCCCCAUCCUCACGUGCUCGUUUCACAAUUAUACGUCUAGAAGUUACCGAGAACGAGCUACCGAAACAACAGCAACUCUUCAACCAUGCCUUCCAUCUCUCCUCCUCCUUCAACUCAUAGACGACAUCCUCUUUCCACUCCUGCACCCGCAUCUACUAUUCUAUCCACUCCGUCGAUAUCUACAUAUCUGGGAGCGACUAGGAGCGGGUCUCCUUCGUAUGCUUCUGACCACACACUCGGGUCGGGACAAGCGAGGGGUGGCCACGACACACCCACUGUCGUUGGACAUACGAGAGAGUCAGAAGCGGAUAUGAGACUACAACAAAAAGGAUUUGGGAAGGCUAGAAACAGAGCCGGAACAACGAUUGGGCUGAGGAAGAGGGAAUGGGGGUUGGUCAUUGGAGUCACCGCCUUGGGGUUGUUUGUGAGAGGGUAUAAGCUGUGGCAGCCGAGCAGUGUAGUCUUUGACGAGGUUCAUUUCGGUGGUUUUGCUGCAAAAUACAUCCGACGGAAAUUCUUCAUGGACGUCCACCCUCCUUUGGCCAAGCUGCUCAUCACGCUCUCCGCGUUUAUCGGAGGGUUCGACGGUCAAUUCGACUUUAAGGAUAUAGGAAAAGACUAUCUCGAACCCCAUGUCCCUUACAUCAUCAUGCGUUCAUUCCCCAUGCUCCUCGGUCUAGCCUUAAUCCCCAUCACCUUCCUCACUCUCAUCGCUCUCCGUCUCUCCCUUGCUACAGCUCUACUUGGUUCCCUUCUCGUAACGUUUGACAACGCUCUCGCCACACAAUCCCGUCUCAUCCUACUCGACUCCUACCUCGUUUUCUUCACCGCUCUCACCACUCUCUUCUGGGUCCGUUUCGCCUCCCUCGACGCUUCAGGCUCGGCAUUCACACCAUCGUGGUGGCGUUACCUAUCCCUCACUGGGCUGGGUUUAGGAGCUACGAUGAGCUGCAAGUGGGUGGGUCUCUUCACCAUCGCCACGGUGGGACUUGGUACUCUCAGGCAAUUGUGGUUGUUAUUAGGUAAUCUCAAGGUCACCCCGAGGAUGUGGGCGAAACACUUCGCGGCUAGAGCUUGGUGUUUAAUAGUACUUCCCGCGGUAUUUUACAUGGCCAUGUUCAAGAUACAUUUCUGGAUUUUGAACAUGUCUGGGGAUGGCGAUGGGUUCAUGAGCUCGGAAUUUCAACAUACCCUCCAAGGACAUGGGAUGGAUGAUACGCAAGCGGACGUGGGUUACGGCUCAAUCAUCACUCUCAAGCACGUUCACACCCAAGGAGGUUAUCUUCAUUCCCAUGCUCAUGCAUAUCCAGCUGGAUCGCAACAACAACAAAUCACUUUGUAUCCCCACCGAGACGAGAAUAACAAUUGGAGAAUCACCAACGGCUCGUCUACCGACGGUCCUCCUUCGUAUUCUUGGGACGAACUCCCAUUUGGACACGUACUGAACGGUGGUAAAAUCAGGUUGGAGCAUGUAAUAACCGAAAAAAGACUGCAUAGUCACGAUAUUCGACCACCUGUCAGCGAUGUUGAUUUCCAGAAUGAAGUUUCGGGAUAUGGGUUCCCCGGCUUCGCCGGAGAUGCCAACGACGACUUCAUUGUGGAAAUCUCCCCACGUACUCGAGGGAAAAGGGACAGACAGGCCCGUAGUAGACUCCGUGCGCUGAGGACGGAAUUCCGACUUCGACAUGCUCUCAGUGGGUGUUAUUUGUUCUCACACAAGGUGAAAUUACCCGAAUGGGGUUACGAACAACAAGAGGUGACAUGCAAUAAGAACCCAACGUGGGAGAAUUCUUUAUGGUACAUCGAGACGAAUCAUCAUGCUCAAUUACCUCCUGACGCAGAAAUGGUCAACUACGUCCGACCGUCGUUCUUUGAGAAAUUCUUCGAAUUGCAGGCUGUCAUGUGGCAAACCAACGCUGGUUUGACCGAACGGCAUGCGUAUGAUUCACGACCUAGUUCAUGGCCUGUACUGAGGAGGGGUAUCAACUUCUGGGUCAAAGACCACAGACAGGUAUACCUAAUCGGUAAUCCGCUGGUAUGGUGGUCUAGCACAGCCGCUAUCGUCCUGUACCUCGGAAUGAGAAGUUUGCUGGUCUUGAGGCAGAAACGAGGUUUCAGGGAUUUAUAUCAACCCAAGAUCGCAUUUUACGACGAAGUCUGUUCUUUCCUAAUCAUCGCUUGGGCUCUCCAUUACCUCCCUUUUUACCUGAUGCAACGUCAAUUAUUCUUACAUCACUAUCUCCCUGCUUUAUAUUUCUCCAUUCUCCUCUUCUGCGCCGCUUUCGACUAUGCCACGUCAAAGAUGAGACCUCGGACCAGGAUUCAGGUAGCGGCGGUAUUUCUUGUAUUGGUCAUCUGGAGCUAUGCGCAUUUCAGUCCUUUGACUUAUGGUGAACCGUGGACGAGGGGUAAAUGUGAGAAGGGAAAGUGGUUGAAGACAUGGGAUUUCUCUUGUUCUGAUUUCCACGAACAUUCAGGAAUGUACAACCAACAUGCCGUGGUUUCAAGUCAGAAGAUUGAGACUGGGGAUCAUCUAGGACCUGAUGCCCAGACGACUAUCAUUGACGAAGCUCCCGAACCUAUCAAAAACAUCUUCAUAGAAGCCGUAGAACCAGAAGAGAAAACGAUCGCCCCUGUUGGACCAGCCAACGAAGUACAAAUGCAAGAAUCUACCGAAGCGAUCUCACCAGAAGAAACCCAAGUCGUCGCUCACCCAGAAGAUCUUCGGAUCCCCGUAGGUCUCGACGCGGGUUCACCCGAGGUAACCGCUGCGGCUGAAGACGAUGGUGGCUGGCAUGGUGGAGCCGAAGAAGGAAAGAGAGAAGUGGACGACGGAUACGAUCCGACCGAAUCGGACAUGACGCGUGGGAGGAAAAUCGUCGACGACUAAAGCGACCCGAUGGAAUCGGAUAUGACGCGUGGGAAACGGUUGGAGAAGGUGGACGGGGUGCCGGGUAUGAGAUUGGAUGGGGAGGAAAAGAGGUUAGUUGGGAGGAGAUGGCCUGUGCAGAGGUGAUGAUGUAGAAGAUGAUGUUGCGCAGCAUGAGAUAGAGAAGAUGUCAUAUGAUAAUGGAGGAGAUUCACG